CCAUUUAUUAAUUAUUAAACUGUUUAUACCAAAUUCAAAUUUAUUUCCUUCAAGGAUCGGUGCACAAUUUACCCUGCUUUUAGAUACACUAUUAUGAGCCAAGAGAGAUUAGUUCGGAAAAGCUAAUGAAUCAGAAGAAACAUCGAUAAAAACAAUCAAACACAAGAGAAGAUGGAUCGCAUGAUGAUGAUGAUGAUGAUGAUGAUGAUGAUUGAGGAGUGUCGGAUAUAGUGAAAGAAAGACACAGAAUGCGUGCGUAUGAAGAAGGGAGAUAGAUGCUCGGUUUCUCAUGCUUCGGUCGGAAUACGAACGCAAUAAUGUGUACUUCUCAGCCUCAAACUUUUUCUCUUCCCUCUCCGAUCCCGAAUUGGCCUCACGGAGGAAGUUUUGCUUCUGGAUUUGCAAAUCUUGGCGAAAUAGAUGCUUUCAAGGUCUCUAAUUUUGAGUUCAUUUGCAGCAGCAAUGCUUUACAGGACAAAAAGAAUGCUGUGGUCUUCUAUAAGCCUGUCGAAAUACCUCAAGGUUUCCACAUCCUUGCCCAUUAUUGUCAACCUAGUAACAAGCCUUUAAGGGGGUUUGUACUUGUUGCUAGGGAAGUUGAAACUACUCAUUGCAAUGAUUGCGACAAGCAAGCUCCCCUGAAGAAUCCCCUGAAUUUUGAGUUAGUUUGGAGUUCGAAUGCAGGAAAUCGGGAUACCUGAGCCUCCAGAAGGUUACAAGGCAGUUGGAUACUUGGUUACUGACAAUCCUAAUAAGCCUCAGUUGGAUGAAAUCUGAAUCUGCUGUGUUCGUUCCGACCUCACUGAUAAAUGCAGCCUUACCGCCUAUUACUCGCUGUAAAUUUUAAAAUUCCUGAGCUUUCAUUUCAGUUGUGGAACUUGAGACCUUGUGACCGCAGCGUAGGAGGCCAAGGAGUUCCUGUUGGAUCCUUUUUCUGCAGUAACGGAUGCUGGAACAUGGGUGAAGAGCUUCCAAUUGCAUGCCUGAGGAACCUAAAUCCUGUUCAACAAACAAUGCCAAACCUGGAACAGGUACAUGCACUUAUUCAGCAUUAUGGCCCUACCAUUUUCUUUCAUCCGGAGGAAGUUUACUUGCCGUCUUCUGUGGUUUGGUAUUUCAACAAUGGAGCUUGCUUGUACAGAAAGCGUGUAACUAUAGGCGAGGCAAUUGAUGAAACCGGCUCGAAUCUACCUCAUGGAGAAACGAAUGACAAGGAGUUUUGGAUAGACUUGCCAAGUGAUGAUAGAAAGGAUUUUCUCAAACGUGGGGACUUGCAAAGUGCAAGGCUUUAUGUUCAUGUGAAGCCGGCACUUGGUGAAACAUUCACAGACAUUGCAAUGUGGAUUUUCUGUCCAUUCAACGGACCAGCCACUCUUAAAAUUGGGAUGAAAAACAUACCUUUAAGCAAGUUUGGAGAGCAUGUUGGUGAUUGGGAGCAUUUCACACUUAGAAUAUGCAAUUUCAAUGGAGAAUUAUAUAGUAUAUACUACUCACAGCAUAGUGGGAGAGAAUGGGUUGAUGCAUAUGAUUUAGAAUACAUUGAUGGAAACAAAGCUAUUGUUUACUCCUCAAAAAAUGGACAUGCUAGUUACCCUCAUCCUGGAACCUUUAUCCAGGGUUCUUCAAAACUUGGAGUGGGGAUCAGAAACGAUGCGUGUCGAAGCAACUUUUAUGUGAAUUCAAGUGUUCACGAUGAGAUUGUUGCAGCUGAAUAUCUUGGAGAUGCUGUCAAGGAGCCUCUAUGGUUGCAGUAUAUGAGAGAGUGGGGGCUAAAAAUCAUUUAUGAUUCGAAAACUUAGAUUGAUAGGAUAAUCGAUGCGCUUCCGCGAAUGCUUCGGUUCUCACUGAAGAACUUCUUUAACAAGCUUCCAGUGGAGCUGUAUGGUGAGGAAGGUCCUACAGGGCCAAAAGAGAAAAACAAUUGGACAGGAGAUGAAAGAUGGUUAAUUUAAUUGAAUGGUUGAAAGCUAUGGUUGGCAAUAGAAAAUCAGAGGAACUCAUUGAUCCGAACCUUCCUAAAAAGCCAUCUUCAAAGGUUCUUAAGCUUUGCUCUGUUGGUUGCUCUUAAAUGUGUUGAUCCAGAUGCCACAAAGAGACCUAAAAUCGGACAAAUAAUCCACAUGCUUGAGGCCGACGAGAUCCUAUUCAGUGAUGAACGGAGGACUGGAGGGGAAUCGUUGCGAUCCCAUGGCAAUUAUCAUCAUGAGCAAAAGGACUCUAACAGAGAUAGAAAGCGAAUAGGUGAAGAGAUCACUGAUUGAAGUGAAGAUGAUGAUAGCAGUAAAAAUCUUGUCCAUCCCACUAGGUUGAGAUGAUAGUUGUUAAAUGGUAAAUGUAGCUAUGUAUUUAUUAUUUUUGGUUUUAGUAGUUUGCCUAUAUUAAUUUCUACCUCAAUCUGAACAAUAUGCAAUGAGUGUAUUUUUGCUGCAUAAUUUUCCCUCCCACCACAAUUUGGGAUUCAUUGUAUACUCAUUCAUUAUUACUAAAAAUCAAAAUUUUGAUGUCGUCCUUCUGAUAUAUAAGACAAAAAGUAGCUCAAGUGUUUUAUAAAAAGUAAUAAUAUUUUCAAGUUGCUCAAA